GUACAAACAACUUAUAUCGGAGUUCCUCUAGUAACUACUCGGGGUCAGAUUCACCGCGCAUCUUAUUCCAAUCACUGCCUCCUUCUCUAAAGUCCGAACCAACCAACCAGCCCACUCCACUGCCAGUGCGGUUCCCCAAAAGAAGUAGAGCGAAAGAGAGAGAGGGAGAAUAUGAAUGGGGGAUUUCAUUUAACCAAUAAAACUGGUCAUAAUCGUGACUCGUGAGCUAACUACCCUCUGCCACGUGACCACUCUCAUUUUCUUUCUCAUUCCUUCGGUGUAUAAAAAAACUUGCGCAACUCCACUCUAGCAUAGCACAUUAGCACCCAUCCGAAAUUCCAGUAUUCUCACUCCAUUCCACUCAAUCUCAGAUCUCCGCUGCGGGUUCCAAUCCUCUCUCCUCUUUUCUUGGCCAUGGCCGCCGGACAACUCUUCUCCCGUACUACACAAGCUUUGUUUUACAACUACAAGCAACUUCCCAUCCAGCGGAUGCUUGACUUUGACUUUCUUUGUGGUAGAGAAACACCAUCAGUAGCUGGAAUAAUUAAUCCUGGUUCCGAGGGAUUUCAAAAGCUCUUUUUUGGUCAGGAGGAAAUUGCCAUCCCGGUUCAUGCUGAUAUUGAAGCAGCUUGUGCGGCACACCCCACUGCUGAUGUGUUCAUCAAUUUUGCAUCAUUUAGAAGUGCAGCUGCAUCAUCCAUGGCUGCUUUGAAGCAGCCAACAAUUAGAGUUGUUGCAAUUAUUGCUGAAGGUGUACCUGAGUCAGACACCAAGCAACUGAUUGCGUAUGCUCGGGCAAACAAUAAGGUUGUUAUUGGCCCAGCCACUGUUGGAGGAAUUCAAGCUGGUGCUUUUAAGAUAGGUGAUACAGCUGGAACAAUUGACAACAUAAUUCAUUGCAAACUCUACAGGCCUGGAUCUGUUGGAUUUGUUUCUAAAUCUGUAUGUAGUUAUUCAUAUUCCUGUUUAUGUCAAUUUCACCUUUCUCAUAUUAAGGAUAGAUUUUGGGUGAAUUCUCUGAAAGACCACUUUCACAAGUGGUCCAUGGGUGCAUCAUCAAUUUUUAUCCUUAGAUGCAUCUAAACUAGUAGACCAUAA